CAGCUGUGGAUGUGUUUGGAAUUGGCAACCAAUAACGUUAAUCACUUUCGCUUUACUGAAAAUUCAUUUUGUGACAGGUUCAUCAAAGGAUGUUUGACGGUUAUCAUUCGUUUUACCCGUGCAAGUAACUUCCAUACGCUUUGGCAUGGAGCCCCUUGCAGUGGAUGAUGACAUCUGCAUCCUAAAGCAUGAAACCUAUGGGCCGGUGGAGAGCCCUGUGUCGGUAUGUGCCGGCGACGAGUCUGUGGCCUCCCACUUUGCCCUCGUCACAGCCUACGAGGACAUCAAGAAGCGCCUGCGGGAUGCGGAGCGAGAGAACACACUCCUACGCAAGAGAGUCAAACAGCUGGAGGAUAAGAUGUUCAAGCCUGAGGCUCCCUCAACAGAAGGACCACAGUAUGUGAACAAGGCAUUCAGUGCUUACCGGGGGAUUUACAUUGAGAAGGAGGACUUGCAGAUGGAGCUAAACAAAUUGAAAAAGGAGAAGAGUGAGAGCGAGAAGCAACUGAAUGACCAGCUACAGGCCAAAGAGCUGGAGCUGCUGCAGCUGAGGUCGGAGAUGGAGACGAGCCAGGUAAUGAUAAGCUUGAAGAAUGCUCCCGACUACUGGGAGGUGGAUAAAGUCAACAGUGAGCUGAGGAUCCACACGCUCCAGGAGGAGCUCGAGAGGGCGCAGCUGGAGUGCAGGCGGCUGCAGGAGAAAACCCAGAACAGCACUGGUAAAUCGACCAGUGACUGUGAUCAGACUGCAGAGGGGUCCUCUAACAACAGGGAGUCAUGUGUUAUGAAGUCAUAUGCAGACCUGUGCGGUGAGAUGUCCCAUCUGCAAUCGGUGUUAAAAUCACAGUCUGACCUGCUGAAGACACUCCAAGAGAAACCUAUUCUGCAAGCAAACAAAAGAGCUGGAUCCACCGUGCCCGUGCAGUGUCUGGACGACGUGGAGAAGACCCAGACGGUGAGGGUCACCGUGCCUCGCCCUCCCAGUGCCCCUCCGCUCCCCUCCAGCGCCGGCCGCCCCUGCCCCCCCGCUGGACCCCCCGCGGCCGCGGCGCCCCCUCCUGUCCUUCUGGAGGGCCUGCGGGAGGACUGCUGGCAGAGGCCGUGCCCCAUCCCUCGGCCCGCUCCGCUGGGCAGCCCGGCGGUCACGCUGCCUCCGGCCCAGCGCAUGGGCUCCCUGGAGGACAGCUCCUGGUCCAUCCCCAGCCCGCCCAGGCCCACCGAUGCCCUUUUCUGGGAGGGCUCCAAGCCCAAGAGUACCACUGCUGACUGGGCUAAGCCUUACUGAGAGGCCAUGGCCCCUGUGCCCAAACACCCACCAACCUACCAACCUGCCCCUCCCCCCCCCCCCCCCACCCCCACUCCCAUUUUAGAGACACCCAGCCUGCCUUAAGAUCUUCACUUCUUUGAACUCCCAGAACUAUUAGGGAAGACAUACCUCUGCCACUCUGAACUUCAAGCCCCAAUCCCAAUCCCCGCCCCCCUAAACACACACACACAUACAUACAUACUGUACACACACACACAUCUUUAACCACCCCCAAACUGUCUCCCCCUGUUUCUUGGUCUCCCGCUCUGGGGCAAAAUGUGAUGGCUUUGUAGAACUUGAAAAUGACAAGACAUCUCACACACCAAAGGGCAGCAAGUUUGAGAGGACUGUGAAUUUUUCAGUGCUGACAGUGAGGACGUAGAGGUGAAUGUGUGUGUCAGUGUGUAUAUCUGUGUGUGUGUGUGUGUGAGAGAGAGAGAGAGUGUUUAAGAGAGAGUAUGGAUGUGUUUUUACACUGCUUUUCAAGCAUUUGGGGUCACUUACAAACGCCCCGUCCACUCCAUGGUUUUUGCAUAGUAUGGAGCUGCACUUUGGGGUCUUCUGGAAACAGCUUCCUCCAAUCACAGGACAGUCAGACACUGACCACAUGGUGAUGCAUAGCAUUGCAAACAUGUGAUGGCCUUCUUUCUUCAAGAUUCCUUUUAUCCUGUAGAACUGUACUACUUUUACUGGCACCAAAGCACCUUAGAUUAGUGAUUAGCCUGUCCAUAACACCUUUCUUUUUCCAAGUUUUCAUUUUUUUCAGAAGAAAGUUCUGUGCUUCUGGACAUGUUGUGCCUCUGUAUGCAUAGGUAGAUAUUGCAUUAAAAACAAGCCUACCGGAAUAGUAAUUUACAUUAACAAUGUUUACAUUGUAUUUCUGAUUGAUGGAGUGUUAUUUAACUCGCCAACAUUUUGCUUUUCCCCAAAAAAACAAGGACAUUUCUGAGAGACCCCAAAUUUUUGAAUAGUAGUGCUAGUAUGCACACAUUCAUGUGCGCAUCACUGUGUGUAAAUAUUGUAUGUAUGUGAGUGUAAAAUCUUUGUUUCCAUACAUUGUAAUGAUGGCUACUUCUUAAUAACCAUUUAUGUGUGAACUCAAAGGGAAAAGCUCUCCUAUCUGCUGUAAAAAAAAUUGAGAGAAUUUCUGAGCUCUUGCCAGUUAAUACAUACAUAUACAUGCUUCUGGUCAUCCUGAGCAGAUACUAGAAAAGACACAAGCAUUUAUAUCUGAAACUCUAUCUGAAACCCUAGAGUGGUUUUAUUGGUUUACUUUUCUUGAGGACAUCAAUUAGAGAUGACUCCAGGCUACUGAGUAACUGCAGCUUCAACAUGAACCUGUCUGUGAGUUCAGUUGGUGAGUGUAAUCUUUAAGGAUCGCAACCAUGUGGAGCUCACAUGUUAAAAGAUGAACCUUAUGCUUCCUGAAGGGAGGCAUUAUGAAAACGCAGUGAGUCGUUAUCAUAAAGACCGUCAUCUUUGCAUUGCUCAGGAAAGUGUUGUAGGUCCAGCCCUGAGGAAACUCAUCUGAACCAGAUGAUUUAUGUAAUGUUUUAGAAAAUACAAGCUGAUCAAUUUCGAGGAGCUGUGGAGACAAAAAUGCUUUUUUUUUUCUGAGAAAGUUUUCCGAUCUUCUACACUGACAAAAAUAUCACUGGAUAUUUGGGAAAGAAAGAUUGGUGGUGGUUUCUCCCUAUAAUAAUAAUAAUGUACAUUUUAAUUUAUUUGUAUUCUUUUGUGAAGAAAUGCACAAACUGUUGUUUUUAUCAGCAACAAUAUCAAUAGUAAUUAUGUGAAAUGAUUCAAGACUUAUUUAUAGAAUCCUGCUGUGUGACUGCAUUCAAGGUAGUUCACAAUGUGAGGGAUUGGUUGUACAAGGGACAGCGCAGUGUAACGACUGACCACUGUAGGAGGUGUGAUGUGCCUAAAGUGGGCCGUAACAAAGAUAGUACCUAUGUAUGUGAAGGUCUGUGGCGUGUUAUUGAAGGUAUGGUAUUGAUUUGUCAGUUAUUUUUCUUUUUGUUUCUUUGUCUGACUUGUUUCUUUGCUGCUCUGAAAUCACCAUUUAAAAAUCACAAAUGAACAUAUUGUAUGUUCAGUGUAAUGUAAAGGAUACAAUUAUUUAUUCACAAAUGACAUGUGAUGCAUGUAGGCCUCAGUACAUACAAACUACAAUUGAUUUGCCAUCACAUAAAUGGUGACCAUGGUGUAUAAAACAUCUCUAAAUUGAAGCUAGGAAUUUGUUGGCUCUAUACAGCCCAUAUUUUAUAGAAACUGCUCUGCCACCUCAUUGUCUGUUGACUUGUCUAUUAAACCAUCUUUUCAAAUUGUCAUGA